GCUGUUCGUACGUACACCCACAGCCGCGUGGCUUUUUUUAACCGUCAAGGCCACCGCGCGAUCUGAGUUUACCCAACAGCUACCGCGCGGCCCCAUGGCGGUUCGAGAUACUGCGAUCAAUAGCGUGCGUUUAGUUGCCCGCGAGGUUGUUUGUAUCCCGCACGUUAAAAUGGAGACCGGUCCCGUUGACACUGAACUUUUCAUUGACGAAGUUGAAAAACGUUCAGCUAUUUGGGACACGAGAUCAGCUGACUAUAAGGACAAAGUGGUGAAGAAAAGGUGUUGGGAGGAAUUAGUUGGCAUUUUCUGCCAUUCUGAAGAAUCUCGGGAUAGGAAAAUUGUAGGGCUGCACUUGCAAAAGAAGUGGAAAAAUUUAAGAGAUUCCUUCACAAAGGAACUGAAAAAACAGAAGAGUCUCCCAUCAGGAUCGGGGACAAGAAACAGCUCCUACGUCUUUUUCAGGAGGCUGCAGUUCUUAGAAAAUUCAGUCUCCAGUAAGGAAACUACAAGUAAUCCUGAAAAUAAGGCAACGGAGGCGGAAGUUUUGCUUGACGAGGAUGUGAACGUGGCAGCAGAACGCGGUAGGAGUGAAACAGCGUCAGCAAAAAAGAGAGUGAAGCUGAAUCCGGUCGAUAAGCAUUUUUCAGAUGUUCCGAAGAAAUGUUUAUUGACGAGACAGAAUGGAGAAGAUGAACGAGAGGACCAAGAUGAUGAAAAGCUUUUCUGUUUAUUAGUAAACAAAGAGCUCAAGAAGGUGCCUGAAAACAUACGUCUGAUGACAAAAAUCGAAAUAUUAAAUGUCAUUCAACGCGCGCAGACGUUUGGAACGUUCCCCGUCGCGCAGCCAGUCCAGCAUCCACACUCACACAAUCAACCAUUUCCUCAUUUCUUGGGCACGACUCAAACACCAACACCUCUGAAAACGUCACCAUCAACGCCUUCACCUGCAGCUGCAAGCUCAGUUUCUGAAACGCAGUCAGAAUGCUGCGAUUUUUCUGAGUAAGAGUAUUAAUUUGUUUUAUGUAAUCGUAAAUGACUAAUUUGUACAACAAAGAAUGACCUGUGCAACAAGUAA